CGCCGCGGCGGCGUUUGUGGUGCAGCCGCGCUCGUCUGACCGGGCCCCGCGGUCCCCGCCGCUUCCUCGGUGCCGCCCUCUGUCCCCCCGCGUCGCGCCGCGCCGCGCCGCCGCCCGGGGCGGGGGAGUCGCAGAGAGUGGAUGCCUAGCAGGCACCCACGGGGCAGAGACCAGCGGACGCCAUGGGCUGCUGCAGCUCUGCCGCGCAGAGUUCCAAGCGAGAGUGGAAGCCUUUGGAAGACCACAGCUGCACAGAUGUACCAUGGCUGCUCUUAUUCAUCCUCUUCUGCAUAGGAAUGGGUUUUAUCUGUGGCUUUUCAAUAGCUACAGGAGCAGCUGCAAGACUGCUUUCAGGAUAUGACAGUUAUGGAAAUAUUUGUGGACAGAAAAAUGUCAAGGUAGAGGGAAUAGUCAACAGUGGUCUGGACCUCACACACAAGAAGUAUGUAUUCUUCUUGGAUCCAUGCAACAUUGAUCUAGUACAUCAGAAGAUUAAGUCUAUUGCCUUGUGUGUAUCAGCUUGCCCAAGGAAAGAAUUGAAAACUCUGGCUGAUAUACAGAAGUUUGCAGAAACUAAUGGAUCCACUCUGUGUAGCUAUGAACUACAGCCAUCAGAAUAUACAACAGACCCAAGGGCUGCCAAGUUAUGUCCUAAAUAUCCUGUUCCAGAGAGUGCACCUAUUCCAUUCUUCCAUCGCUGUGCUCCUGUGAACAUUUCCUGCUAUGCCAAGUUUGCAGAGGCCCUGAUCACCUUUGUCAGUGACAGUAGUGUCUUACACAGGCUGAUUAGUGGAGUUAUGACCAGCAAAGAGAUUAUAAUGGGACUUUGCUUGUUAUCACUAGUGUUGUCCAUGAUUUUGAUGGUUAUAAUAAGGUACAUUUCAAGAGUACUUGUCUGGAUUUUAACAAUUCUUGUCAUUCUGGGAUCACUUGGUGGUACUGGAGUCCUGUGGUGGCUCUAUGCUAAACAACGAAUGUCCGCUGGUGCUCUUGAGACCCAAAUAGCCAAAGACAAUCUUCAGGCUCUCUUGAUCUAUGCCAUUGCAGCUACAGUCUUCACGGUUGUCUUGUUCUUGAUCAUGUUAAUUAUGCGCAAAAGAGUAGCUCUCACCAUUGCCUUGUUCCACGUGGCUGGCAAGGUCUUCAUUCACCUGCCACUGUUAGUCUUCCAGCCAUUUUGGACAUUCUUUGUGCUUAUCCUCUUCUGGACAUACUGGAUCACUGUCCUGCUUUUUCUUGGUACUACAGGUAGUCCUGUCCCAAAUGAAGAAGGAUUUGUUGAAUUUCGGAUGGCAGGUCCUUUGAAAUACAUGUGGUGGUACCACGUAGUGGGACUCAUCUGGAUCAGCGAGUUUAUCCUAGCCUGUCAGCAGAUGACAGUAGCAGGGGCUGUUGUAACAUACUAUUUUACAAGGGAGAAAAGAAAUCUGCCAUUUACUCCUAUUCUGGCAUCUGUUAAUCGCCUUGUUUGUUACCACCUAGGGACAGUAGCAAAAGGGUCUUUCAUUAUCACAAUAGUGAAGAUACCACGAAUGAUUCUUAUGUAUAUUCAUACACAACUCAAAGGAAAGGAAAAUGCUUGUGCUCGCUGUAUGCUUAAAGCGUGCAUUUGCUGCCUUUGGUGUCUAGAGAAGUGCCUGACAUAUUUAAAUCAGAAUGCGUAUACAGCCACAGCUAUCAACAGCACCAAUUUCUGCACCUCAGCAAAGGAUGCCUUUGUUAUCCUAGUGGAAAACGCUUUGCGAGUGGCUGCCAUAAACACAGUUGGGGAUUUUAUGCUGUUUCUAGGAAAGGUCCUGAUUGUCUGCAGCACAGGUUUGGCUGGCAUUAUGUUGCUGAAUUACCAACGAGAUUACACCAUCUGGGUGCUGCCACUCAUCAUUGUCUGCCUCUUUGCAUUCCUGGUUGCUCACUGCUUCCUUUCCAUUUAUGAAAUGGUUGUUGAUGUCCUAUUCUUAUGUUUUGCCAUCGAUACAAAAUACAAUGAUGGGAGCCCUGGCAGGGAAUUCUACAUGGAUAAAGUUCUCAUGGAGUUUGUGGAGAACAGUAAGAAAUCUAUGAAAGAAGCUGGCCGGGGAGGUGGAGCUGAGGGCAGAGAGCUAAAACCAAUGAGUCUUUACUGCUUUGCUUCACUUUCCUUGAAAAGCAGAUAUUUCUUAGAUAUGACAAUUAUUUCUUCAAGUGAAAUGCCCCAAGUGCAGCUGUAUUUAAAAUAGAUAUUAGUAGCAGAGAUGAGAAAACACUUUAGGAAGUUCUGUUCUUGUAUCAGGGCACAACAAAAAACCCCACCUUUUCAUGCUUUUUUCUUUAUGGCUUCCAGUGACCCCUUUGACUCAAUUUCUCCUUGUCCUUUGGCAUCUGUCUAAGACUGUACUGUAUGACUUUGUUUUCUAGGCCUCUGGAGCAAGUUCAUCUUGAAACUAGCCAGCCAUAUUGGAACCCAUUGACAUUCCAAAACAGUAUAUAUAUACAUAUAUACAUACAUACAUAUAUAUAUAUAUAUAUAUAAAUAAACAGCCAAAAUCAGAGAAAAGGAACAGGGAUUUAAAACUUUUUUUAACAAUUAUUUUUGUGAAACAUGUACUCUUUUCAUACGGGUGGCUUUUACAAGCAGCUUUAUCAUUGUUCCAUUUCUUAAGUUAUUUGUUGUGGUCAUGGAAAUGUUGAUUCUUAUCUGCUUGAUAUUUUAAAAUCUGGAGGAAGUAUCAUUGUAAAGAUAAUCUGAAAUCAUGACUGGGUUUAGAGACAGAUUUCCCAUGACACUGCUAAUCUGCUGAGAGUUUUACUUGUUUAAUUUCUUUAAAAUUUUCAUUAAAUUCAGGACAGUGACAUGUACAGAAAACCUUACAUCAAGAAAAAUUUCGAAUUUAUUUUUUCAAGAGGUUGUUUCAGCAAAAAUUUGUUCAGUUGAAAUGUGUUUGUAAGCAGUUAUUUUACUUUACAGCCCUGGCAGGGCACAGUUCUGUUUACCAGUAUCAGAUAUCACAAUAACCAACUCCUCAGGUAUUUAGGUGUGUGGGAGCCCUUGCAUCUCCUAUUAAACAGAACCUACAAAAUGGGGACAGAUAAUUUUUAUAUGCAAUUAACUUCCUGCUUACCCUACUUUUACCCCUCAUACCCAUUGCCCUCUAUCCUCCCCCUGAGUUCAGUAGCCUCCUUCACACUUCAGCAGUGUUCCUUUGAAGGGUAUGGAUUCUCCAUACAGGCAAGUGAAAUAACAGAUUGUGAAAGCUCAGUCUUAGCCAUACUCAUGAUUAAUUCAUGACUAGAUACAAAGAUGCUGAGGAUGGGAAGAGAAAUGAAUUGUACUGCUCUACAUAAAAAAGUACUGUAUGCUUCAUUUCAUCUAAUGAGAGAGCUCUGGGAGGUAGAAAGGAUCACUCCUUGCCUGUUGCUUGAUCCAUAUUUGUACAUACUGUAGUGAGUGGCUAAAGCCAGAAAGGGCAGAGAAACAUUCCUUUGGAAGUGUACCUCCCAGGAUAGUUAUCUGAAAUUAUUAAAGAGAACAUGCUUUAUUAUUAUUAUUAUUAUAUACAUAAUAUACAUAAAUAUCUCUUCAGUCUGGAAGUUCACCAGAUAUGAAUGCUAAUAUUCAAUUAUUCAGCAUAGUGAAUUGGUAAAUGCAUAACUGUAUUUGCCAAGAAUUUAUGAUCUGUCUAUGCUAUAUAUUCCUUUUGUUAACAUUUUUUUAAGAAAACUAUUUUUGUUAUUGUAAAAUUAAUAUUUCAGAGCAGAAUUUUUAAACUUAUUGCACUAAAUACAAGCUGUCUACAAAUAAUGAUGCCUCAAUGGUUCAAUCACUCCAUUCCAGAAAAUCUUUUGAAAGAGUAAGAGCCUUUCUACAUAAGCUUUAUGAUGAAGUAGAGAGGUAUGUCUAGGAAAAGACAUGCACAACUUGUGUAAUCAAGGUUUAGUAAGUAAGCAAGCAGUUAACUGUGCUUCCUUUCAGACUAUACCAGACUUCUAAAUUGCUGCUGAAGGUUUAAAUAAUUAUUUAGUGUCAUUUAGCUAACUAGUGCUCUUAUCUUUUUGGCAAUAGUAAAAUGUUUCACUUUUGCUUCCAGAAGUCAUUUGAUAACUUAAAUUUGUUACUUUUUUUCCCUGUAAGCCAGUUAAAACAAUUUACACUUUUCAUAUCACAGAACCCAAACUAUUUGAAUGAUACAAAAAUAAAGAUACAUUCAGAAAGGAUAGCUGUUGGGGAGGCAAAGAGACUUCUCCAGUCCUGGAAGCACUUACUCAUUUAAGUGGACCAUAUCUGUAACUACUAGCAUCAGGAGGGCUCUCUAAGUAUGGAAAUUGCAACAUACACAUCUGUGUAAGUGCUGACUGGAUUAGAGCUUCAGCCUAGGGAUCCAAACUGGAGCACAGAUGAGGCCUCUCUGUGCAAGUUAGAGGUCAGACUUGCCCAGAAGAAGCAUUGGAGCAGCCUUACUUUUGUGGAGAGGAGACAUUCCUGCAGUACCAGUGUCUAAGACAGCAGUGGUACUCAGCACCAGAUCAGAGGGAUUUAGCAACACAAAUUUAAAAACUAGCUUAGAUGAAUUCUAGAAACUGGUUUUCAAGACUAAAAGACUUACCAAGUACCCAGUUGUUUCCAGAGAAUCUAGUUUUAAUCUUGUUUGGAGGUUAUUGGAAGUGCUUAAUCAAAGAAGCCUUGUAUUCUGCUCAUUUUGAUAAGAAAAUUCUGCCAUGACUGGUUCCACAAGUUUGUGUUCUCCACUCACUGGAUGUUCUGAGUGGGAACUGUACUCUGUAAUUGCAACUAGGACUGCAAUUGGUAACAAAUUUUGUAUUUUUGUAUGACUUGACUGUGCACCAUUUUUAUAGCAGUUUAUCCUGUCUUAAAAAUAAAUUUGUUUAUUUACAUGGUGUUUAAAAGAUACAGGCAACACUUUUCUAUGGGUAGUUGUAAUGUUUAAGUGAGAAACCUAUAUCAUUACAAAGUUCUUAAUAAAAACAUGUGCACCAUUCUUGAGUGUAUAUCCGGCAUGCAGAGCUUUUCAGUCUUGACAAAAAGGCAUUCCAUCCACACACAUGCUUUCCAGUGGCCCCUUAAAGCUUUUGAACACCCGUUGAAGUUCAUUUGCAACCAAACUCUUCCAGCUCUGCCUUGUGCACAGAGAUAAGCAGAAGUCAGAAUUCUGAAAAGAUAACUUUUCAGGACAAAUUUAGACUGCUUUCCUUUCCUAGUGGGGAUAGUGGAGUGGGAGGACAUUUUGGCAUGUAAAUCCCAUACAUAAAUUUUGGCAGUAGGGGUGCUGGGGUCUGCCAGCUGUGAGGGAUUAAAUACUUCUUUUGACUGUUGAUUAUUAAAGCCAGUGUAUGGUCUGCUUUGUGGGAAGCAGUCUAGACUAAGUAGAGAGUGAUGCUGCACUGAGAAUAACAAUGCAGGAGGAGCAGAUGAGACAGCUAAAACAGAGAAAUCAUCUCCUCAGAAAGUCCAUUGAAUUGAGUAGUGCUAAAAGACUGGAGAUUUAGGCUGGACAAUUUGGGUUUAGAAACAAUCAUUGAGAUUACUGCUUCCCAGCAUUUGGCUUCUGCAUCAUGACCUCUGACCAGUUAAGUUUCAGAUAGAAAAAACAUACCAAUCCUUAAAUUGUUAAUUUUUUCCCCACGUUAUGUUUUCUGUUUGGAAGUUGAACAGUACCAUGUUGUCUUUACUGCUUCUUCCAGCCUUAGAGAAUGUUUUUUAUUGUUGUUCUUUUGGGUCUCAUUUCUAUAUUGCUCUCUGAGUAAAAGAGUGGCAAGUGGCAGAGUGUCAGCUCCCCUUUGUCCCUUGAUCUUACCACAUUCCCUUUUACCUUCUCGAGGCAGUGAUUCAGGAUAUUACCUGUAGUGAAUGAGAGGGAGAGUAUGUGCUAAGCUAAAGUUCUGAGGUAGAACUUUUUUCUUUUUUUGUCUGGUAUUACUCCAUCACUGUGGUUAGAAGUGCAGCCAGUCACUUCUUGAGUUUCACUGCUGCUCCAGAUCUAGACUUAACACAUAGAAUGGCCAGCUUAGAUUUGCAUCUUCAGCUUUCCAUGAGCUCCCAGUGCCAGAACCAGGAUGGGCUUCUAAAUGUGGCCUUACAUUGGCAUAGUAAAUGAAUGACUUUUUGCAUUUGGAAAGUGUUUUCUGUAAGGGAGACCUAACAGUGGAAAAUGCAGUUAAAUGUUGUGGUGGGUUGACCAUGGCUGUCAUAUACACUGCUACUCUGUUGCUUGCUCAGGAUGGGAGAGAGCAGUGAAAGGACAAAAAUACUGAUCUAAGUGCAGUUAUAAGCAAAUAAGGAAAAAAAACAAAACAAAACAAAAACAAAGGCAAUUUACCAGCAGAUCAAUGCCCAGCCAAUCUCCAAGCAUCAGCUGCUUGUGAACUACACCCACCCCAGUCUGAUUGCUGAGUGUUACAUUACAUGGUGUGGAAUAUUUCUUCAGUCUGUUCAGGUCAGCUGUCCUGGCUGUGUGUCCUCUCAUCCUUUUGCCUAACCCCAGACGACUGCGGGGGUCAUAGAGUGGAAAAUAGAGAAGGCCUUGACCCUGUGCAAGCGCUGCUCAGUAGCAGGUAAAGCUUUGUGUUAGCAGCACUGUUGCAGAUCUAAAACAUAGCAUCUUUCAGGUUGCUGACCGUCCAGUCUAACCCAGUACACAGGCCCACCUACCCAGCAAUUAAUCCAAGACUUGCUCCCUGCAUUUCUGUACAGCAUCUUCUCAGGGUGGUUACUUCUUUUCUAAAAGGGCUUUUUUUGCAGCAGGCAAUUAGCCUGCUCCACAGUGCUCCCUUUCAUGGAGGGAGCAGGGGAUGUUAGCUCUUACUCUUUCAGCACAUAAUGGGGAUAUAAAGCAAAAAUGAGCCCUUUCUGUAUCAGUGUUCUGGCAAUUGAGCAGCCAGUGUUGGAAACAAUAUACUUAAUGUGCCCUCAGGGCAUACACUUUAGUGGUUUGCUCUUGAGUGGUUAUGAUGUAUUCUAUGAAUGUAUGUUAUGGAGUCAGAAUAAAAUGCAUGUAGCAGACAUAUACUCAUCACCAUCUAGUGAGCAUUUAGUUCAGAGUGCAUAUUACAUGCUAUAUUGAAUAUGGCACAGUCGUUUUAAGAAACAGUUUUAAGAUUUAUAAGUAGAUACCUUACAGCAUUCCCGUUUUUAAAAUCAUGGCUUGGCCUGUGCAGAUACCAUUUACUAAAUCUAACUAUCACUAGCCCAUUGUUUCCUGAACAGCUUGUGUCACAUUAUCAACACAGAAAUUCUAUUUCAUCUUUGUGAAAAAAACAAAAAGACAACAAAACAACCCUUGUGUUUCCCAACACAAAACCCAGCAGGCUUAUCUGAAGCAUUUCUUACCCUCAGCUUCUUUGUUGGGAUGAUGAAAGUUUACUUUAAAUAUUUCAUUUUCAAAUGCUCUUCCAACUAUUUAGUCUCUGCUGUUAUUUCCACCAUGUAACAAGAUUAUGGAGACUAGUAAAUCUGUAUUUCUUGUGUUCUGUAGCAAAUACUGUUUUCAAGGUAUUUUUUUCUUUUAUAUUUAAAGACAUGAGAGAAAAGAUGAAACUCAUCUCCUGUGAUGAGGGUUAUGUAUAAAAGGCAAAAUUUCUGGUCUGGGAUGGAGCUGUGAUGAGUCUUGCAAUCUGAUACAAUCAAGCCAAAGCUCCUCAGAGACCAGGAUUAUGAAAAUAUUUCUAAAGAGAACUGAUAGCAUGAAUUGAUCUGAAAAUACCCAUUUGAGGGUUAAAUUAUCUGGCAUUCAUUGGAAAGACAUCUGUUAAAAUGAAACUAGCAGAAAACCAGCAAAUGCCUAUCAGAUUCUACUCCCCUGUCUUACUGAGUUCAAGUCAUCAUAUUUAUAUGAUGACCAGAAUUGGUGUUAUAAGCAUUUGGUACUUCUCUACAGAAACUCCCUUUAGAACCAAGGUUCCAAGAAUUCAGAGUAAAAGUACCAGCUGACUUUAACAGAACUAGCCUAAUUUCAGUUAUGUUAAAGACAGCUAUGGCCUCUCUAAGUAUGUGAUUUAUAAGCAGAUACCUAACAGCAUUCCUGUUUUAUGCUGGCAGCAUAGGUGGAUACCAUUCCUUAAGUGUACCACCUCUCCUCUUUGGGUUAGUGGGAAUUAGGGGCAGUUUAUUUCAAAAAGUUAUGGUGAAAUUAGGAAACUGACUAGUUUUGAAACCCAGCAGAAGUUGUGCACUGACUGGAGUUCCUGCUAUAAACAUGUUUUUUAACUCAAAUACCAUGUGUCCUCCAUGCAGGUAUUAGUUGGGUCCCUCCCUGCUGCUCAGACUGAAAGAGGAGAGUAUCUCUCAUUUGAAAAACAGCAGCACCAACAAUCUUAUAAUGUCUCCCAGGGGAGUGAGGGAAGAAAAAACAGAAAGGUGGUUUUAUUUCUAAUGUAGGACAGAAAAGGUGCCAGAA